AUGGCGCGCCACCGCUAUGGAGCCAGAGGAAAUGUGAUCACGUUUCCUCUGCCCACAGAAGAGGUGCUCCGCGCGCUGAACGAUUUCUUAGAUUCUGAUGUCCCGCUACCUCGAUCUGGCAAACAAUUAGGUGAUAUUGUGCGGGUGAUCCUCAGAACCAACAAAGAUGGCAACACCACGGAAGAGGAGAUUAAGACAUUGAUCCAUCAAGCCACAGUGAGAAGACAGGUGGUGGUAGACUUGAUCUUGGACAUGAAGACGCUUGGCAGCCCCGCCUUUGCAAGCUUGGACGCCGAUGCUGUGCGGGCAAAUGCGAGGGCAUUGCCGGAGCAUGGCGUUCCGCAGGAGGUGUUGGAGGUCAUCCAAGAGGUGGAUGACCGUGCUUACAGCAAGCUCGAAUCACAGAAAGCAGCAACGCCUGUUGAUGGAAUGCAUAUUGACCCGGCCGCUGCAGGACUUGUGUUUGCGGCUCAACGGCCACGAUCUGUGGUCGCAGAAGGCCAAAGCUUACAUCAAGCCCACGAAGUCCAAGCCGCAGCGCUCAAGGACCUUCGGGAAAAUAUGGUGCCAGAGGCCGACCGUGCUGCUGGGGUGCAGCCCCUGGAAAUUCGCACGGGCAACAAGCUCUUGGACCAGUUUCAUUCGUACUAUUGGAGCAUCGCCUUUUGCUUCUUGUUCCCGUAUGCAACUGCCGGGCCGGACGUUCACAAGACAACUGCCCUAGUUGACGAUGAUGACGCUGAAAGAAUCUCCAGGCGCAAAGCGUGGAACCCAGAUGCGCCUAGCGUUGGCGUUGAAGCCUGGGGCGCCGCAACGCAGCGGCAAGUGGCUGCACAGUUCAGGCGCGACUGGAACUUUACGCCAGCUCUAUGGAAUUACCUGUUCCGCACCAAGAUCAACUUGCA